AUGACUUUCCAGUGGACGGCGGUCGCCACCUUUCUGUAUGGUGAAAUAGGAGUGAUCCUUGUGCUCUGCCUGCCGUUUAUUUCUCCGCUGAGAUGGCAGAAGAUUUUUAUGAUUCCUCUGUGGAGCAAAAUGGCAGUUUUUUGGAACAAGAUGUUCCUUACAAUAAUAGUUUUACUGAUCGUCUUGUUUCUUGAUGCUAUUAGAGAAGUUAGGAAGUACUCAGCCGUUCAUGUGACUGAAAAAGCUGCAAAUGUCAAUACCAAUGCCUUUGAUCAUAUUCAGAUGAAACUCUUCCGAUCGCAAAGAAAUCUCUAUAUCUCAGGUUUUUCCUUAUUUCUUUGGCUUGUAUUGAGACGUACUGUUACCCUUCUUACUCAGUUGGCAAAAGGGAUGACAUCUCAUGCAGCUCUGGAAACGCAAGUAAAUGAUGCUACUGAAGCAGCCAGAAAAUACAUGGCCGAGAAUGAAAGGCUGCAGGAGGCCUUGAGUGAAAAAGAAGGCAGUAAAAAGAAAGAGUCAGCAGAAGCAACAGAUGAAAAGUUAAAGAAAGAAAUUGAACAUUUGAAAGCAGAGCUACAGAAGACAUCAGAUGCUCUCAAGAAGGCAAAUAAUGAAGUGACUGCAGUUAAAAAGCAGUCUGAAGGCCUUAAAAGAGAAUACGAUCAUCUGAUGAAAGAAUAUGAAUGGCUUCAGGCCAGUUUAAAUGAAGCAGAAGACAAGAAAGACCUGUAG